GCGUCUCCCCUGGCCGCAUUGCCAUGGCUGCCCGUGGUGGUGUCGCUUCCGCUGCUGAUGGGCUGCGCUACGCCGAGUACUCGCCGCUCUCGACCAAACGACCGGACGCGGACAUCGACCAGGGUCUGGCAAGAAGUCUGAUAGCUGUAGGACUGGGUGUUGCAGCUCUUGCAUUUGCAGGUCGCUAUGCAUUUCAGAUCUGGAAACCUCUAGAACAAGUAAUCACAGAAACCGCCAAGAAGAUUUCAACUCCUAGCCUUUCAUCCUACUAUAAAGGAGGAUUUGAGCAGAAAAUGAGUAGGCGAGAAGCUAGUCUUAUUUUGGGCGUAAGCCCAUCUGCUGGUAAGGCCAAGAUUAGAACAGCUCACAGGAGAAUCAUGAUUUUGAAUCACCCAGAUAAAGGUGGAUCUCCUUACUUAGCAACCAAAAUAAAUGAGGCAAAAGACUUGCUAGAAGCAACCACCAAACAUUGAUUGAUGCUCAAGGACCACUCUGAAGGAAAAGAAGGGGGAACCUAAACAAAAGUUCUAUAAAUUAAUCUAAACCACGGCCUUGAUAAUUUUCAUACGUGUACUGAUCACAAUCAUUUAUUCCACGAUUAAGCUAUAUAAUAAUAAAAGGUUAAUAAUCUA